UUAAAGUUCUAAUAAUUAAAAGAUAACAAUGAUGAAGGAAAACUAAAUAGGCUUCGAAAAAAAUUUAGGUCCAGUCAAACCAACUGUUCAAAAUGGUCAAAAACUUCCUGCACUUGGUUUUGUGCGGUGCAGCUUUAACUGCAGUUGUCGACAGUCGUGGAGUUGUUGGCUGCUAUUACGAAAGUUGGGCAAUAAAGAGGGCAGGUAUUGGAAGCUUCGGAACAAAUGAUAUAGAUCCUUCCUUAUGUACUCAUGUCUACUACAGUUUCAUUGGAUUGAACAACGUUACUCAAGAUAUCGAAAUUUUAAAUCCUGAUGUUGACGUGAAUCGAGGAGGAUUCCGAAAUUUUACGAAUCUUAAAGCUCAGUACCCUGGAGUAAAAUUUUUAGUUGCUAUGGGCGGAAGGAAUCAAGAUUCUAAUGCCUACUCCGCAGUAGCUGCGAAUGCCUCAAAACGAGCAACAUUUAUCCAACAGGCUACAACUUUUAUAGACGAUUAUGAUUUUGAUGGUUUCAAUAUCGACUGGGAGUAUCCUGCUCGAACGCGUUCUACUUCUAGUGGGGCAGAGAAGAUAUGGAUUGCUAUUAAUUUUAUUGCCAAUUCUUACACAGAUAAUUUGAUUACGCUGUUGCAAGAAAUAAAGGCGGCUUUCGAACCAUUGGGACUUUUAAUUACAGUAGCAGUACAACCAUCACCUUCUUACAUAGACGACGCUUACGACGUCCCGGCACUUUCAAAUGCAGUCGAUCUGAUCAAUUUCAUGUCUUACGACUUACAUGGAUCUUGGGAUGGCUCCACUGGAGUAAAUGCACCCCUCCACGAUCCUGUUGGAAGUAUCAGCGUAGAACUUCUCGUGAACAGUUGGCUUAAUGCUGGCGUUGAUCCUGAUAAACUGAUCGUGGGAAUUCCUUUUUAUGGAAAGUUGUACACCUUGAGUAAUUCAUCUGAUAAUUCGAUUGGAGCGCCUAUCUCCGGCCCAGGUAUUCCUGGCCCAUAUCUUCAAGAUCCAAGCAAUUUAGCUUAUUACGAGAUCCUAGAAAAGAUCCAGCAAGGAUGGGCUGAAGCAUAUGAUCAGAAUUACGAAUCCCCUUUUGCAUGUUCAGGGAACCAAUGGGUUGGUUACGACAACGUGAGAUCUAUUUCAGCUAAGGUAAAUUUCGUCUGUUCGAAAGGUCUUGGAGGAGUAAUGAACUGGGCUAUUAAUGAAGACGAUUUUGGUGGUAAUUUUGGACCAAAGUAUCCUCUUCUUAGAGCAACGAACGCAGUAAAAAUUUGUGGAAAUUAAAAAGUCUAAGUUAACACAACAUAAGAUCAAUAUUUCAAAUUAA